AAACUGUGGUCUUAUGUCAGUAAGUUCUUAAACAGAAGUCCUGAAGAGAGCUUUGACAUUCCUGAACCCAGAACAUCCAGUUCAACUAAAAUUUACCUGGAGCAGCCGACACCAAGUCCUAAAGAAGUUGGUAGCAGCGCUGAUUCCAGAGAAAGCUAUGGGGAGAGCAUGCUGCAGGUGGUCCCGCUGAAGAGCAGCUUAACACCGAGCUCGCAGGAUGACAGCAGCAACCAGGAAGAUGGCCAGGAGAGUUCGAAGUGGAUGGACUCAGGAUCCAGCUCAGAAGAAGAGUGCACUACUAGUUAUUUAACGUUAUGCAAUGAAUACGGGCAAGAAAAAAUAGAUUCUGGCUCUCUUAAUGAGGAACCGGUGGUUAAACUGGAGAGGGAAGGUCUAAAUACCAAAGAGAGAAGUUGCUUACAGAAAUGCAGUGUCGUGGGCAGUGAUAGCUUCACCUCUCAGACUGUGUCUCAGGAACGAAAGCUUUUCAUUGACGAUGCUGAGUCGGAAAUAGCCAGCCCUACUAGGAUAUUGGACUCUCUAACUAAAUCAAAGAACAGCCCCAUGGAACUCUUCAGGAUAGACAGCAAAGAUAGCACUAGUGAGCUCCUGGGGCUUGAUUUUGGAGAAAAAUUAUACAGCCUGAAAUCAGAACCUUUGAAGCCAUUGUUUUCUGUCCCAGAUCAUGAGAGAGGUUUGGAUGCCCUAGAGAGCAAAUUGGGUGUGAAAGCCCAUGACACCAUAAGCAGGGGUUCAAAUGACUCUGUGCCAGUUAUCUCCUUUAAGGAUGCUGCUUUUGAUGAUGUAAAUAGUAUUGAUGAAGGAAGGCCUGAUCUCCUAAUAAACUUACCUGGUAUGUCUGAUGAAACAGAAGAGGCAGUAGUGUCAAGACCAACAAAGUUUACAAAAUCCGAUAGGGACAUGUUGGAAGUGAAGUUGUUAGAAACACCUGAUGUCUUGCAAUUAAAUAGUUCUGCAGAGCCAUGCAAAGCAUUUGAUCAAGAGGCAAAUCAUGUGGCACCAGAACUGAGUGAUCCUUCUCGCAAGGAAGCAAAGGGACAAAGCUGUGUCACUCAAGGAGCUCUUGGAACCCUCUUUACAUCUGACCAGGAGGUAGGUAGUCCCGAAGACGGGGCUCUGUUUCAAGGGCCUGGAGCCUGCUCCUUCAAUGUGACAAGCAAAGAAGAAAGUUUAUUUGUUUGCAACCCGCUCUCAGGUGCUCAAGAUGUUAGCUUGGAUGGAGACACGUCACAAAAUGAAGCAGUGUUGCUGUUUUCUGAUCAAACUGAAGACUUUGGGAAAGAGGGAACAGACCGGGCUUUGUUACCAGCAGCUGAAAGUGAAAAGACAGCACCAAAGAGGGAAAAUAAAAUAGCGGUAGCAGGGGAAAAGGAAAUACAUCAAAUUUUUCAGGACCUCGACGAAAGAUUAGCGAUAACCUCCAGGUUUUACAUCCCAGAGGAUUGCAUUCAAAGAUGGGCAGCUGAAAUGGUUGUAGCCCUUGAUGCUUUACAUAGAGAAGGAAUUGUGUGCCGCGAUUUGAACCCAAACAACAUCUUAUUGAAUGAUAGAGGACACAUUCAGCUAACGUAUUUUAGCAGGUGGAGGGAGGUUGAAGAUUCCUGUGACAACGAUGCCAUAGAGAGAAUGUACUGUGCCCCAGAGGUUGGCGCUAUCCUCAAAGAGACAGAAGCCUGCGACUGGUGGAGCCUGGGGGCCAUUCUUUUUGAACUCCUCACUGGGGAGACUCUGGUUGAGUGCCAUCCAUCAGGAAUAAGCACUCACACGUCUUUGAGCAUACCAGACCAUGUAUCAAAGGAGGCCAGAUCAUUGAUUCAGCAGCUUUUGCAGUUUAAUCCUGCGGAGCGUCUUGGUGCUGGUGUUGCUGGUGUUGAAGACAUCAAAUCUCAUCCAUUUUUUGCCCUUAUAGAAUGGGCAGAUCUGCUGAGAUGAGAGAUGAGUGCCCUCUGAACAAACUCAGGUCAAGUGGACAAGUUUCUCUGGCACAGAAGCACCCUACCCUGACUUUCUUCCUUUGGAUGUCCCAAACCUUUUGGAUGUGAUGACUAAAGGACGCUGGAUAAUCAGGCCAAAAGUGAACACUUUUAACAGGAGUCACUGGUUGUACAGGGUGCUAGCUUAUUUUUACAGCAACUGGUUGCUACAUGUCUGUGAGUUUUUUCACCAAAGGCUGGUUUGUGAUG